CCCUCGGUAGUCAAAAGGGUCUCACACUUCAGGGAUACUGUCAGAAGCGAGUGGACAGACAUUUCAGACAGAAUGCAAAGAGCAGCAGUUUUGGUUCCUCUGCUGGUCUUGGGAUGGACCUGGACCCUGGAGGGGCUUCCAGUCCUCCCAGAUCCUCUUUAUCCCACACAGGAGAACUUUGAUUUGAGCAAGUUUUUGGGAACAUGGCGUGAUGUUGCUGUGGCGAGUACAUGCCCCUACAUGCAGCGUCACCGGACAGAUUCAGCCAUUGGCAAACUGGUGCUGCGGAAAGGUGCCACUGAAGAGAAACUUGAAAUGACUCGGACUGUCCUCAGACAAGGAAGCUGUAAGGAGAGGACUGGGGAUUAUGAGUUGACUUCUACACCAGGACGGUUUUUCUACCAUGUUGCAAAGUGGGGGGCAGAUGUGGAUGCUUAUGUGGUUCACACAAACUACAACGAAUAUGCCAUAGUGAUUAUGAGCAAAAAGAAGUCAACAGGUUCUACGAGCACCUCAGUUAAGCUUUACAGUCGAACAAUGACUGUGAGACCCUCUGUGAUGGAGGACUUUAAAAGACUGGUCAGAGAACAGGGAAUGAGUGACAACACCAUCAUCAUUAAGAAGGACAAAGGUGACUGUGUUCCUGGAGAGCAAGUGGCAGAACCGACAACUCAGCCUGAGCCUCAGAGGGUGAAAAGAAACGUGGUGCCUUCUUUGGCUAUUCCAGAUGUGGAGGGAUCAGGUGAAGAGACACCUCUGUUCAAUGGAACUGAGGCGUGUAAAGCAGCUCCAGACACGGGGCCAUGUUUUGGGAUGCACCAGCGCUAUUUCUACAACUCUUCCUCAAUGAGCUGUGAGCUCUUUAAUUAUGGAGGAUGUAUGGGAAAUCAGAACAACUUCAAAAGUGAGAGGGAGUGUCUGCAGAGAUGCCGCACCGAGGCUGUGUGCCGUCUGCCCAUGGUAGCCCAGCCAUGCAAAGGUCAGGCAUCCAUCUGGGCCUUUGACUCCUCUGCAGGUCUGUGUGUGCCCUACAAACAGGGCUUCUGCCAGGCCAACGGUAACAAGUUCUACACCAAGUCAGAGUGUGAAGAGUACUGUGGGGUGGUAAAAGAAGAGGAACUGCUGAUGUCCAACUGAGUGAGGUGAAGAGCCAUAGCUGCUCAUCAAAACUAAUUUUACAGACAUGCAACAUAAACCAGUAAUGUACAAGAGACACGAUAAACACAUGUUGUAUCACCACUGUUGUCAUAUCCCAACAGAUCAUUAAUAAAAACGGCCUGAAACUGUCAAA